GAGGACUUAUCCUUUGCCUAUCGUCCUUGCUUUUUUCUUCUCUCUGUUGGCUAUUUCUUCCAGUCUUUUUAUAAUUUCGUUUCUGCCGUAUUGGCCUAAACGAUAAGAUGUCGGCGACCAGAUUAUUGCACAUCACAAAUUCAGUCCUAAGGACCGAGGCUAUUAGGAAUAUUAGUGCAAUGCCUGUGAUGUUUGCCAAAGCUACAGACCCCAUCCAGCAACUGUUCCUCGACAAGCUCAGGGAUUAUCAGCGCAGGAGUAGCGGAGGAAAAUUAGUCGAUCCCACUCCAGAAAUUGAGAAAGAAUGGAAACAGGAAAUGACAAAGCUCGCCAAACAGUAUGGAGGUAGUGAAGGUGUAGACAUGACCAAGUUCCCCGAUUUUAAAUUCAAAGAUGUCAAACUUGAUCCUGUCAGCAUGGAAUAAGGACCACUAAAUUGGAUGGUUGGUUGUAGUUAUUGUCAUUAAAAAAAUAAUUUUAAUGACCCAAAUGUAUACAAAAUGAAGUCAUGAAACUUUUGUUUUGUUACUUGCUGAAUGUAAUAACACACAGAGCCUUAGUAUAAUAAAUUUGAUUUACAGUUUUCAUUAUUUGUUUUUCUUUGGUUAACAGUAGUUGUAAAACCCUCCUAGUCACUGUACUAAAAUAAUUCGUAACCACAAGUUAAAUCACAAUAAAUUUAACAUUUCAAUUGUGAAAUAUACAAUUCUACCAUGUAUUUAAUUUUUAUUUGCAAAUACACUCUCAUAAUCAAA